AUGGAGAACAAAGGGUACCAACCUAAUGCAAUUACUUGUGGGACGAUAAUAAACAGUAUGUGUAAGAAUGGCCAAACUGGUGUGGCUAUUAAGUUGCUCAAGAAGCUUGAAAAAGGGAAUUCUGAACUAAAUGUGGUGCUCUAUAGCAUGGUCAUUAACAGUUUAUGUAAGGACAGAUUGGUAACUGAGGAUUUGAACCUUUUAUCUGAAAUGAUGAGUAAAGGCAUUCAACCAAACAUUGUCACUUACAAUUCCUUAGUUCAAGGCCUAUGCAAUUUUGGCCGGUGGAGGGAGGCGACUACUUUGUUGAAUGAGAUGGGGCAAAGGAAGGUCAUGCCAAAUGUACGAACAUUUAGCAUAUUGGUGGACACACUUUGCAAGGAAGGGAUGUUGACUGAGGCAAAAGAAGUUUUUGAUGUGAUGAUUCAAAGAGGCAUUGAUCCUAACAUAGUCACUUACAAUUCUUUUAUUGAUGGUUAUUGUUUGCAAAACAAACUGGAUGAGGCAGUUAAGACGUUUAAUAUGAUGGUUGAGAAGGGUUGUUCACCCAAUGUGGUUAGCUAUAACAUAUUGAUCAAUGGAUAUUGCAAAAGUAAAAAAAUUGAUGAGGCAAAGCGUCUGUUUCAUGAAAUGUCCAACAAGGGAAUGAUUCCUAAUGUAGUGACUUACAACACUCUUAUAGGUGGGUUAUGUCGAGUGGAGAGAGUCCAGACUACACUAGAGCUAUUCAAUACAAUGUGAGCUUGUGGCCAACAUCCAGAUCCCCUAACCUAUGCCACCCUGUUAGAUGGCUUUUUUAAGAAUAGACGAAUUGCUGAGGCAAUGGCAUUGUUUCUGGAGAUGGAAGAAAAAAAGUUGGACCACAAUAUUGUGUUUUACAACAU